UCCUUAUAUUCCUCCGCCGUGGCAGUCGCUCCCCUACCGUUGCUCCUCUCCCCUUCUCCGCCUCCGCUGAGCUCUCACCGCUUCCGCCAUGGCCGCCUCGCGGGGGCCGCCGCUUCUAGGGUUCCGAGCCCUCGCGCUCGCGCUGCUGCUCGCGAUCCUCCUCUUGCUCGGCUGCUCCGCCGCCGCCGCGUAUGCGGGGGCGGAGGGGGUGCUGAGGCAGGUGGUUGGGAGGAGGGGCGACGACGGUGGUGGUGGGAACUUCUUCGAGCCGUUCAACGUGACGUACGACCACCGCGCGGUGCUCAUCGGUGGGAAGCGGAGGAUGCUCGUCUCCGCGGGGCUGCACUACCCGCGCGCCACACCCGAGAUGUGGCCUAGUUUAAUUGCAAAGUGCAAGGAGGGUGGCGCAGAUGUAAUUGAGACCUAUGUCUUUUGGAAUGGCCAUGAGCCAGCCAAAGGUCAGUAUUACUUUGAAGAAAGAUUUGAUCUUGUGAAAUUUGCGAAGAUUGAUCUUGUGAAAUUUGCGAAGCUGGUUGCUGCCGAAGGUCUAUUUCUUUUUCUUCGUAUCGGCCCAUAUGCUUGUGCAGAAUGGAAUUUCGGUGGUUUCCCAGUUUGGUUACGUGACAUCCCUGGCAUAGAAUUCCGAACUGACAAUGAACCAUUCAAGGCUGAAAUGCAGACUUUCGUGACAAAAAUUGUCACUUUAAUGAAAGAGGAGAAACUUUAUUCUUGGCAAGGUGGUCCCAUUAUAUUACAACAGAUUGAAAACGAGUAUGGGAAUAUUCAAGGAAAUUAUGGCCAAGCAGGGAAGAGAUAUAUGCAAUGGGCCGCUCAGAUGGCAAUUGGGCUUGACACUGGCAUUCCUUGGGUGAUGUGCAGGCAGACUGAUGCUCCAGAAGAAAUUAUCGAUACAUGCAAUGCAUUUUAUUGCGAUGGUUUCAAGCCAAAUUCUUACAAUAAACCAACAAUAUGGACUGAAGAUUGGGAUGGAUGGUAUGCUGAUUGGGGUGGAGCAUUACCUCACAGGCCAGCUGAAGACAGUGCUUUUGCUGUUGCUCGUUUCUACCAAAGAGGUGGAAGCUUACAAAAUUAUUACAUGUACUUUGGUGGAACAAAUUUUGCACGGACAGCUGGUGGUCCACUUCAGAUAACAAGCUACGAUUAUGAUGCUCCAAUCGAUGAGUAUGGUAUAUUAAGGCAGCCUAAGUGGGGGCAUCUGAAAGAUCUACACACUGCUAUCAAACUUUGUGAGCCAGCUCUUAUUGCAGUGGAUGGCUCACCUCAAUAUAUAAAGUUAGGAUCAAUGCAAGAGGCACAUGUAUAUUCCACUGGAGAAGUCCAUACAAAUGGAAGCAUGGCAGGAAAUGCACAGAUUUGCUCAGCUUUUCUUGCCAAUAUUGAUGAACAUAAAUAUGCAUCAGUCUGGAUCUUUGGUAAAUCUUAUAGUCUACCACCAUGGUCUGUGAGCAUACUACCAGAUUGCGAAAAUGUGGCCUUCAAUACUGCACGGAUUGGUGCACAGACUUCAGUUUUUACUGUAGAAUCUGGGUCUCCCAGUCGUUCAAGUAGACAUAAGCCUAGUAUCCUCUCACUUACAUCUGGAGGUCCGUAUCUCUCAAGUACUUGGUGGACUUCUAAAGAGACUAUUGGUACUUGGGGUGGAAACAAUUUUGCUGUUCAGGGAAUAUUAGAGCACUUGAACGUAACGAAGGACAUAUCUGACUACUUGUGGUAUACUACCAGGGUAAAUAUUUCUGAUGCAGACGUUGCAUUCUGGAGUUCGAAAGGGGUUCUUCCUUCAUUAACAAUAGAUAAAAUUCGUGAUGUAGCUCGUGUAUUUGUAAAUGGCAAGCUUGCAGGCAGUCAAGUUGGUCACUGGGUCUCACUGAAACAACCGAUUCAAUUGGUUGAAGGGCUUAAUGAGUUGACAUUACUUUCAGAGAUUGUUGGCUUGCAGAACUAUGGUGCUUUCUUGGAGAAAGAUGGAGCUGGAUUUAGAGGUCAAGUAACACUCACUGGCUUGUCAGAUGGGGACGUUGACCUAACUAAUUCCCUUUGGACAUAUCAGGUCGGCUUGAAAGGCGAGUUUUCUAUGAUUUAUGCUCCAGAGAAGCAGGGAUGUGCUGGGUGGAGUCGCAUGCAGAAGGACAGUGUACAGCCUUUCACUUGGUACAAGACCAUGUUUAGUACCCCUAAAGGUACCGACCCUGUUGCCAUUGAUCUUGGGAGCAUGGGAAAGGGUCAGGCCUGGGUGAAUGGGCAUCUAAUUGGUCGCUACUGGUCACUAGUAGCGCCAGAAUCUGGGUGCUCAUCUUCGUGCUACUACCCAGGAGCCUACAAUGAGAGGAAGUGUCAAUCAAACUGUGGAAUGCCUACACAAAACUGGUACCACAUACCAAGAGAAUGGUUAAAAGAGUCAGAUAAUUUAUUGGUUCUGUUUGAGGAAACAGGAGGUGAUCCCUCGCUGAUAUCACUGGAGGCUCAUUAUGCCAAAACAGUCUGUUCAAGAAUUUCAGAAAAUUAUUAUCCUCCCCUUUCUGCCUGGUCGCAUCUUUCCAGUGGCCGUGCCUCAGUGAAUGCAGCAACUCCAGAACUGCGCUUGCAGUGUGACGAUGGGCAUGUGAUCUCUGAGAUUACAUUUGCAAGCUAUGGAACUCCUUCAGGUGGCUGCCUGAACUUCUCCAAAGGGAAUUGCCAUGCAUCGAGCACUCUGGAUUUGGUGACAGAGGCAUGUGUUGGCAACACCAAAUGUGCUAUCAGUGUUUCCAACGAUGUCUUUGGUGAUCCAUGCCGAGGAGUCCUCAAAGAUUUAGCAGUUGAGGCCAAGUGUUCCCCACCAUCAACCACCAAAGAGCCUCGCGGUGAGAUGUGAUCUGGAAUUCAUCAUGGCACAUCUGUUGCGAACAAGGUAGGGCUCACUUAACUCUGCAAUGGCACACACAGCAUUGCUGUACGCGGUUUGUCCCUGUACAUCCAUGUGUAAAAAGAUUACCUAAAAAUUGAAUGAAAUGUGAAUAAAAAUGCAAAGGAGAUUUCCCUUGAAUUGGUUAUAUUA